AUGCUGCCUUUUUCUUCGAUCGCUUCCGCUCAGAUUCGAUAUCUGCUCCAGAGCUUGAACGAGUACAACUCCGACUCUGUUCUUGAAGAGCUUUUUCAGGAAAAAGUCUAUAUAACUGUAUACCGGUCUACGAUUGAGGCACUUAGUGGAACUGGCCAACUGUUAUCUUACCAGCUUAAGUAUAUCAGAUAUGGAGUUGAGGGAAGCAUAUUGUUGCUCCAAACAUGCUUGGAUCACCUGAAUAUUUAUGGGAAAGACUUAAAGAACAUGCAGAUGGAACCAGUUUUUACUUCAAUUGUUAAAUUCCUCUUCGAUAAGCCGAAUUUCAGUACAGUGCUUUGUGAGUCACUGAAAAGUACAGCUAUUGAUGAAGAUUUUCUUGGAAAUUUCUGUAAUGCGCUAUGCUUGUCAGCAUCUGAGAAAGUUGGAGUUGGUCUUGCUUUGUCAGAUUCAGAAAGACUUGAUGUGCGAUUAUGGAAAAACUUCUGCAUGGCUCAGAUUGGGGAACUAUGUGACAGCCAUGUGUCUAUAGAUUCUGCUGAGCAAAUUCAGAAUGUUCUUAUAUUUCUUAAUCGAUCUGAGGGUCUAUCCAAGCAUGUAGAUUCAUUUAUGCAGAUGGUAUCUUUAGUGCAGUUGAAGGAAGGAACUGAAUUUAUUUUGGCUCCAUUGCUGUCGAAUGAAUUGCAUGAAGCCAACUUCUUGAGGAAUUUGGAUAUUUACAAUGAUGUCAAUGAAGAUGAUUUUGACGCUCUUCUAGCAGAAAUGGAGAAGGAAAUGAGCAUGGCUGACAUAAUGAAGGAAUUAGGUUAUGGAUGCACGGUGGAUGUCUCACAGUGCGAGGGGAUGUUAUCUAUUUUCUUACCGCUGACUGAGGUCACUGUCGCUCGGAUCCUUGGCACAAUUGCUUGCACCCAUAUGAGUCUUGAGGACAACCAUAAUACAUUCUUGACAUUCUGUUCUGCUCUUGGUAGCAGCAGCUUAUCAGAUCUGCCACUUCUGAAUUCCUGGAAUAUCGAGGUCCUGAUAGAUUCAAUCAUGCUGCUUGCUUCUGGGAUCAACUGGAUAAAUGUCAUUGAGAAUCUGGAUCAUGAGGGAUUCUAUGUCCCUAACGAGGCUGCAUUUUUCUUUCUCAUGUCUGUUUAUAGAUAUGUGUGCCAGGAUGCAUUUCCACUCCAUGCCGUCUGUGGUUCUGUUUGGAAGAAUUCUGAAGGCCAGCUAUCUUUUCUUAAGUAUGCUGUUUCAGUACCACCUGAAGUAUUCACAUUUGCACAUUCUGGGAGGCAACUGGCAUAUAUUGAUGCUGUAAAUGGUCAUAAGUUUCAGCUAGGACAUGCAAAUCAUGCAUGGUUAUGUCUUGACCUAUUGGAGGUGUUGUGUCAGCUAGCUGAGAGAGGCCAUGCAAGUUCUGUUCGAGCAUUGCUCGAGUAUCCACUUAAGUACUGUCCUGAAAUAUUGCUUCUUGGGAUGGCCCACAUUAAUACUGCAUAUAAUCUCAUUCAAUAUGAAGUGUCUUCUGCUGUCUUCUCCAUAGUACUUAAGAAUGCUUCGGGGAAUGGUAUGGUUCUUCAUCUCUGGCAUGUUAACCCCAAUAUCUUGUUGCGGGGAUUCAUAGAUGCUGUCAACAUCGAUCUGGAAAAUAUGAAUAAAGUUGUUGAUGUAUCCCAGGAGCUGAAGAUUCUAUCACCGGCAUUGGAUAUGGUUCCUUUUUCUUUUGGUAUUAGGCUUGCUGCCCUUGCUUCUCGAAAAGAUCUCUUAGACUUGGAGAAGUGGCUGAGCACUAAUUUGAGUACAUAUAAAGAUAUUUUCUUCGAGGAGUGCCUCAACUUUUUAAAGGAGGUUCAAUAUGGUAUUCAGGAUGUUUCUGCUAACCACUUCAGUCAGACUGGUGCUCUCUGGAAUAUUUAUUACGAGACAAGUUCUACCUUCUUAAAGGUCCUUCAUGCUCAUAGAGGCUUUGUUUCCUCUAGCCAGCUUUCUAAGGAAAUGGAGAAGUUGCAUGUAACAUUUAUGCACUUUAAUUUGAGACUGAAGAAUGGUGCCGGUACUGGUUCAUCAACUGCCGAUGGAUGUGCAGAUGAUAUUGAGGUAGUAGUAAAUUCUUACUUCCAUCAAAUGUUCUCUGGUCAGCUGGCCAUCAACGCAAUGAUUGAAAUGCUUGUGCGGUUCAAGGAAUCUUCAGAGAAAAGGGAACAAUCAAUUUUUGAGUGCAUGAUUGCCAACCUAUUUGAGGAAUACAAUUUCUUUUCCAAGUACCCAGAAAGGCAGCUCAAAAUUGCUGCAGUUCUCUUUGGUUCCCUUAUUAAGCAUCAGCUUGUAAAUCAUCUCACACUUGGGAUUGCCUUGCGAGCUGUUUUGGAUGCAUUGCGUAAACCUGCAGAUUCAAAGAUGUUUGCUUUUGGGACAAAGGCUCUGGAACAGUUUGUGGAUCGCCUGAUUGAGUGGCCACAGUACUGCAAUCAUAUCUUGCAAAUAUCUCAUCUGCGUGGCACUCAUUCAGAGCUUGUUGCACUCAUUGAAAGGGCACUUGCUAGGAUUUCUUCAGGAUAUUCAGAAUCAGAUUUAGGUCAUACUGCUGUUGCUGAUCAACAUCAUGGUUCUGUCCUGGCUGCUGUGGCAAAUGUGGAGAGUUGUUCGGGAGGAGGUGAUGCGGAGAAUAAUGAAGGUCGGGCCUAUAGAGGGGGUGGUGAUAUGUCGGCUUCAUCAUUCCCAUCAAUUGGAUCUGGUGGUUCACAUCCAGGGUCACAACUUUCUUCUCCAAUCCAGCUUCAACAAAAACAUCAAAAUGCUUUGGAUGAGAGGCAUGAAACCUCUGUAACUUCUCCUAACUAUGUGAAGCCGGUUUUACCACCUGCUGGGCGACCUUCUGCUGUUUCUCCAAGUGGUGCAGUUAUCAUUCAGAAGUCUCAGAGUUUACCUAGUGGUCCAGCAGUGCCAUCUUCCUCUCCUGGUUUUACUCGUGCAUCCCGAGCAAUUGCCUCAGCAAGAUUUGGAGCUGCUUUAAACAUUGAAACACUCAUUGCAGCUGCGGAGAGAAGAGAAAACCCCGUAGAGGCUCCAGCAUCAGAAAUUCAGGACAAGUUAUCAUUUAUUAUUAAUAACUUAUCUGCUACAAAUAUUGAAGCUAAAGCAAAAGAAUUUACUGAAAUUCUAAAAGAGCAGUACUAUCCUUGGUUUGCGCAGUAUAUGGUCAUGAAAAGAGCAAGCAUCGAGUAUAAUUUCCAUGACUUGUACGUGAACUUCAUGGAUAAAGUUAAUUCAAAGCCUUUGAACAAAGAGAUUCUCCAGGCCACUUAUGAGAAUUGCAAGGUACUUUUAGGAUCUGAGCUUACAAAGUCCAGUUCGGAAGAGCGUUCGUUGUUGAAGAAUCUAGGUACCUGGCUCGGGAAAAUUACAAUUAGCAAGAAUCAAGUUUUACGGGCGCAAGAGAUUGAUCCCAAAUCUUUGAUCAUAGAGGCAUAUGAAAAGGGUUUCAUGAUUGCUGUAAUUCCAUUUAUCUCCAAGGUAUUGGAGUCAUGCCAUUGCAGUCUAGCAUAUCAACCUCCUAAUCCUUGGACCAUGGGUAUUCUUGGAUUACUUGUUGAGAUUUAUGUAAUACCAAAUUUGAAAAUGUGCCUCAAGUAUGAAAUUGAGUUGCUUUUUAGGACUAUUGGUGUGGAUAUGAAGGGCGUAACUCCGACUUGUCUUCUCAAGGACACGGUGAGGGUGGUUGAAGGAAAUCCGGAUUUCUGGCAGAAAGAUGAUGAAUCAUCUCAAACACAGAUGGUUGGUGAAGUUAAAUCUGGUAUUAUAUCUGCACUGAAUCAAGUUGAGCUACCAGUAGAAGGAGCUGGUCCAUCUCAUCCUGGGGGUCAUUCGCGUGUAUUAUCUCAGUAUGGAGCUCCUCUACAUCUUUCUUCUGGAACAUUAAUGGAGGAUGUGAAGCUGGCAGCAUUAGGAUUAUCUGAUCAGCUUCCUUCUGCCCAAGGAUUUUUACAAGCACAAUCACCAUUUUCUGUUAGUCAGCUUCCUGUACCAGCAUCAAAUAUUGAACAUCAAGUUGUCGUCAACCCAAAGCUCCAUGCUUUAGGCCUGUACUUGCAUUUUCAGAGUGUGCUUCCAAUCACAAUCAAUAGAGCUAUUAAAGAGAUAGUGUCUAGUAUUGUGCAAUGCAGUGUCUCUAUAGCAACUCAAACAACAAAGGAGCUUGUUUGCAAGGACUACGCCAUGGAGUCAGAUGAGACCCGCAUACGUAAUGCAGCACACUUGAUGGUUGCGAGUUUGGCUGGAAGUCUAGCUCAUGUGACAUGCAAGGAACCUCUGCGUGGUUCAAUAUCAAGUCAGCUCAGGAAUUUGCUUCAGGGUUUGAAUAUUGCAACUGAACUCCUUGAACAAGCUGUUCAACUCGUUAUUAAUGACAACCUUGAUCUGGGCUGUGCGCUAAUUGAAAAAGCUGCAACAGAGAAGGCAAUUCAGACCAUUGAUGGGGAAAUAACUCAACAACUUUCUAUAAGAAGUAAGCACAUGGAAGGUGUUGGGCCCACAUUUUUCGAUGGCAGCCCAUAUAUUCAAGGUCACAUGGGUAUUUUACCGGAUGCUCUCCGUACUAAACCUGGCUGCAUAUCCCAGUCUCAACAGAGGGUUUAUGAGGAUUUUGUCCGGUUACCAUGGCAAAACCUAUCAAAUCAGAGCUCAAAUGCUGUGCCCGUUGGUGCAUCUUCUUCCACCGCUGGUGGCUCAUCCAGAGCAUAUGGUUCAGCAUCUGGACAGCUAAAUCCUGGCAUCUGCUCAUCUGGCCUUGGAAAUGAAGGUUUGGGUGAUGUUGCACAGCCCUUGGAUCUUGUCUCUGAAGAUUUGGAAUCUACUAAAGCUCAGCUUCAUAGUGUUUCCGCUUCUCAUUUUGGGAUUGGUGAUAGUGUUAGUCUGCACAAUUUUGAAUGUGAUACGACUUCAUUCCCUUUGGCGUCAUCCACUGAAUUGCCUUCAGUGGAACUAUCUAAUGUAUUCAAAGAUGCUGGAGUUUCUGUGCAACCAUUGCCUCCAUCCUUGGCUUCUGAGUGCCUUGGAAGUAAUAUUUCAGAACCUUCGUUGACCACAGGCGAUGCAUUGGAUAAUUACCAGAUUAUUUCAGAGAAGCUUAAAACUCUGCUGGCGAAUGAAGCGAAAGAGGCUGAAAUUCAGGGAGUUAUUGCUGAAGUCCCUGAAAUUAUUCUCAGAUGUUUAAGUCGAGACGAGGCUGCCCUGGCUGUGGCUCAAAAAGUUUUCAAGGGUUUAUAUGAAAAUGGGACAAACGGUGCGCAUGUUGGUGCACAUCUUGCAAUUCUGGCUGCAAUUCGUGAUGUUAGCAAGCUUGUUGUCAAGGAGCUGACUAGUUGGGUGAUUUACUCUGAUGAAGGUCAGAAGUUUGACAAAGAUAUCACUGUUGGCCUUAUUCGCAGUGAAUUGCUGAACCUUGCGGAGUAUAAUGUUCACAUGACAAAGCUUCUUGAUGCGGGAAGGAAUAAAGCGGCUACUGAAUUUUCCAUAUCCCUCAUACAAUCCUUGGUGAUUAACGAUUCUAGGGCCAUAUUGGAGCUUCACAAUCUUGUUGAUGCACUGGCAAAGCUUGCAGCAAGACCUGGUUCUCCUGAGUCAUUACAACAGCUGGUUGAGAUUGCCAGGAACCCUACUGCUGGUGCCACUGCUCUGUCUAGCAUAACUGUUGGCAAGAAGGAUACUAAUGCUCAAUCUAGAAACGAGAAGGCAACUGGGCAGUCUCUACCAAGCCGUGAAGACUACAAUGUUGCAGAUUCGUUUGAACCAGAUCCUGCUGGUUUUUGUGAGCAGGCUCCCAUGCUGUUUGCCGAAUGGUAUCGGAUAUGUGAAAUUCCUGGCACAAAUGAUGCAGCUUGCGGCCACUAUGUCAUAAAGUUGCAGCGGAGUGGACUGCUGAAAGGGGAUGAUAUGUCAGAUCGCUUUUUCAGCCAUCUCAUGGAACUUUCUGUAUCACAUUGCCUUUCUUCCGAGGUGAUUAGUUCCAGCCCUCUCCAAUUGCACCACCAAGUACAGCCACUAUCUUUCCUUGCUAUUGAUAUUUAUGCGAAACUUGUCUUCUCCAUUGUGAAGUUUUGUCAUGCAGACCAAGGAUCAAGUAAACUGUCUCUUCUGCACAAGGUUUUGGCAGUGACUCUGAAAUUUAUUCAGAGAGAUGCCGAGGAGAAGAAAGCAUCUUUUAAUCCAAGGCCGUAUUUCAGAUUAUUCAUUAACUGGCUGUUGGACUUGAUUUCCCUGGAUCAUGUGUUUGAUGGUACAAGCUUCCAGGUUCUGACAUCUUUAGCCAAUGCAUUUCAUACCUUACAGCCCCUUAAAGUUCCUGGAUUCAGUUUUGCAUGGCUUGAGCUGGUGAGUCACCAAAGUUUCAUGCCAAAAUUGCUCACAGUAAACCAUCAAAAGGGGUGGCCCUGGUUUCAACGUCUGCUGGUAGACUUGUUCCAGUUUAUGGAACCAUUUUUGAGGAAUGCUGAGCUAGGGGAGCCGGUUCAUUUUCUGUAUAAAGGCACACUAAGGGUGUUGUUAGUGCUACUUCAUGAUUUCCCAGAGUUCCUUUGUGAUUAUCAUUUCAGCUUCUGUGAUGUCAUUCCUCCAAGCUGUAUACAAAUGCGAAAUAUAAUCCUCAGUGCUUUUCCCCGCAAUAUGAGGCUACCAGAUCCAUCCACCCUGAACUUAAAGAUUGAUGUGCUAGCUGAGUUUAGUCAAUCCCCACACAUUCUUUCUGACGUUGAUGCAGCUCUUAAAGCAAAGCAGAUUAAGAGUGAUGUAGAUGAAUAUCUGCAGACAAGGCAGCAAGGUUCUUCAUUUCUAACUGAAUUGAAGCAAAAAAUGCUGCUUCCACCAAGUGAUGCUGCCCGGGCUGGGACCCGGUAUAAUGUACCCCUGAUCAAUUCCCUUGUAUUUUAUGUCGGAAUGCAGGCUAUACAGCAGCUGCAGGCACAAAAUUCUCAUGCCCAGCCAAUGGCCAGUAGUGUUCAAAUGGCCGUGUUCUUGGUGGGUGCUGCUUUGGAUAUCUUCCAGACUCUGAUUCAAGAUCUAGAUACCGAAGGGCGCUACCUCUUUCUGAAUGCAAUUGCCAAUCAACUACGAUACCCAAACAACCAUACACGUUACUUCUCCUUUAUUCUUCUUUACUUGUUUGCCGAAUUAAACCAGGAAAUGAUCCAGGAGCAAAUCACCAGAGUGCUUUUGGAACGGUUAAUUGUUAAUCGGCCUCAUCCAUGGGGUCUUCUGAUUACUUUCAUUGAGCUCAUUAAGAACUCAAGGUACAACUUCUGGGACCUAUCUUUUACAAGAUGUGCACCAGAAAUCGAGAAAUUCUUUGAGUCAGCCUCAAGAUCAUGCGGCCCAAAACCUGUGGAUGACUGUGGUUUCGGGUGGGAUAUCUGACAACAUGCACUAGGUCUUUACUGCUCACCUUUUAUCCUGCUGUAUGUAUGCAUGUACAUAUAUUUGACUUGACAUCAUAUCUGAUGUUAUGUCUAGUUCAUCUGCAGAUGUCAUGCAAACCUCUUAACUACUCACUUUGAUACCUGAUCUUCAAAGACUAACAAUCCUGAUGUUAAUACCCAUUUACCCAUCUUGAAUGCUAAACUAAUGCUUGGAGUACUGCUUAUCUUUUUGUUUUCAUGGUCUCCAA